AUGGUGCCAAUAACCACAGAGAGAGGGCCUGAUAUUCCAGAAGAGGUUAAAGAUAAGCUAUGGGCUUGUAUGAAGGAAAAAAGUAAUAUAUUUAGGGUAAUGAGGAAAAAGCAAACCCUCUUACACACCAUGAGUCGUAAAGGUUAUGCACGAUUAGAGGAUGAAAUGAGAAGAGAAAGUCGAGCACCAUCAUUCAUAUCAAGAGUUGAUGGUUGGAUUAAAGGGCAUAUGAGGGAGGAAGGAAAAUCCAUGAAUGAAGUGCUUGAUACAACUGUGAAAAAGGUUCAAGAACUUCAUAAGGCUUCUACUGAUGAAGGUCCAAAAUCUAUAAAAGAUGAUGCGAUUUUUCAUACUUUUGGUCCCCAGCGUCGUGGAAGCGUGAUGGCUAGAAGGAUAAGGCAGAAUACUAACGACCGUUUGAUUCUGUUGCCAUGCCAACUAGCAAAGAGAAAUAGGCUUUUUGAUUCUGUUGCCAUGACAACUGUGUCCAAAGGUGUGGUAAAGGAAAAAGUUCAAGGUGAACUCGCAAGUCAACUAGGACUAACGCUAGAUGAGUUUGGAAGAGCAGAGCUUGGAAUUCCUACUAUAGAUGGUGGUGACAAUGAGCCACUUAUUAACUUGCCAGAAAUUGGAAUUCCUUUUACAAAUGGUAGUAACAUGUUAACUCUGGAAUACCCCCUGCCAGCAGAAGACGUGUGCAAUGAAUGUGGAGGCUUGCCAGUUGCUAUAUGUGCAGUUGCAGCUGCAUUAAAAGGUAAGAGCAACUAUGUAUGGAUAGAUGCACACACACAGCUGAAAAAUUCAAAGCUGAGGGAUGUAGUGGAUAUUGAUAAAAAAUUGUUCUCCUCCUUAAAGUUGAGCUAUGAUUUUUUAGAACCCAAGGAUGCACGGUCAUGCUUCUUGCUUUGCUCUCUGUUUUCCGAAGAUGCUGAGAUUUCCAUUGAGGACUUGGUGAGAUACAGCAUCGGGAUGAGGUUGCUUGAUCAAAUACACCUAAAUACAGUUGAAGACGUCAGAGCCAGAGUACUUACAUUGGUUGAUGGGCUCAAAUCAUCUUGUUUGUUGUUAGAUGGCAGAAGCCAAAAUAGGGUCAAAAUGCAUGAUGUUAUUCGAGAUGUUGCUAUAUCAAUCGCGGAAGAUGAGAAAGGAUAUCUAGUGAAUCAUGAUAUCAAAAAGUGGCCAGAGAAGGGCACAUAUGAACAUUACUCGGCAAUGUCAUUAAGGUUCACCACAAAUAUCUGCGAGCUUCCCAAUGAGUUGGAAUGUAGAGGACUCCAUACCUUGGUGUUGAAAAGCAACAAUGACUGCUCACGAACAGAUGUUCCAAACAAUUUUUUCAAUGGAAUGGAAAACAAUCUUGAAGUCCUGGAUCUGAGUGAAAUUCCUCUAGAGAGCCUCCCAUCAUCAGAACUCAUCUUAUGCGCAAUUGACAAAAAAGAUACCAAAAUGAUUGGUUUGGGCGACAUCGUUAAAAUGUUAUGUUCAGACGGUGUCCUAAAAGCCUGCAAAACUGGCUGGUCUCACGUUGGCUAUGUGAUUCACUAUAAGAAGUACAUUCAAAAACUUCAAGAUGAAAUUAUAGGGCUUGAAUAUGAUUGGAGAAGGAUUGAUGGAAGUGCCCACAGAGCCAGAGACGAUGCAAGAGUUGUUGAGAAUGAUGUUUGGCAGUGGCUAUUGUCUGCGUAUGGAAUGCAAGCAGAAGUUGAGGUGUUUCUACUAGACAUGCAAUUCAACGAAACGCAUCUUUGA